CUGAUGAAUGUUCAGCAAGUGUUCUGCUAAGAAUAAAAACCUUUGACUUGCGAAAAGCUAGCGCUAGUACUGAGUAGUAUUUGAAAAUGGUCCAUUCAUUCAGGCUAGUUAUAGCUAUCCUUGUGCACUUAUUCACGGUCCAGCUGAAUGCACAGGAACAACCAGACAUCCAGAUACCAAAUUUGAAUGGUGAUUUUAAUGAAAAUGUAUCUGUAGAACCCGCUCCCAUUCCGGACCAGCUUCCAAGUCAACCUUCAGAGCAGCUUCCGACCCAUUACCCAAACUUACCCCCCGAAUGUGUGCCCCCAACAUCCACAAGGCCUGUCCAGUGUCCUCCGGUGGAGAUUCAACCUUCCUACAGGCCCUACGUAAUACCAACCCAACCAACGCCGCCACCAGUGGCCAAACCUGCAUUGACAGACAACUGCACACCCGUGGAAACGACAGGACCCCCAGCUUGUUACGCCCACGGGCCGUUAUUAACACCAUCGCUGCUACCGAAACCACCCCGACCAGAUGUGACUAGCGUUGGUAGCAUAGGUUGCGACGAGGUUAUCGGCUACAUGAUGGGACUGCAACGAUUCUACGACCGUAAAUGCCAACGGAUGGGUGACAAGUGUCCGGCUAACUACCAGUACGCUAUCAACUGGUUCAACGCGGUUGUCAACGAUAUGGCCACUCGGUGCAAUGCUGCUUGUUGAGUUGCGUAUCGCCGAGAUUGUCUUGUCGUUAUUGUAGUUAGGAAGUUUAGGCACUUCAAACAGAUGUAUAAAGCGAUCUGCUAACGAUCAACCAAAUUCAUCCGGAUCAAAAUAAAUUCAUAAACCCUA